AUGGCGUAUUCGCUCUUUGGGCCAAUGUUGGAGUGGUUGAUAAUAGUAUCUUUCCACCGGAUUCGGCAGGGUAUCUUCGUAAUCAUUAGACUCCAUAUACGGGGGAUGAUGAAGGGUGUGAGAGGACCGGUGUGGUACUGUGCCCUGCUGCUGAUUUUCGACGUGGCAUAUGCUGCAUCCAGGCCAGGGGACUUUGAUUUGCCAGACCAAGAGAAAAGAGAGGAAGAGGAAGAAGAAAAGCGUCCGAUCGAGUCAGAAUCCAUCAAAGCUCCCAAUCAACUGAGCGCACUCGGUGUUCUCAGAUUAGUUUCAACCGCGAGCUUCUUCACACGCCUUUAUUACCCCUGCGAUCGGCAUCUCCAGUAUUUCCAACUCAAUGUUGGCUACCUUCCCCAAUACAUAGCUGCCUACAGCACUGGCAUCGCGUUCGCAUCUUUGGAUUUAUCUGCCCUAAUCACUGCCGAGACGCGCUACAGGCUCUUUCUCAUAACCGUCACAACGACCAUACUUGGUUCCAUAUAUUUGCUGCUAUUUCCCCAUUUCGAUCCAACGAAAUCCUCUUUGACCACCGCGCUGGGAGGCUGCAAUCCGCUUGCUGCGUGUUACGCUGUUUUGAAUGAGAGCACUGGUCUGCUAGUCUUUUCUGUUCUUGCUCCGCUAUUCGAAAAGUAUGCGAACAGGAAAUGGGGCAAUUUGGCAAGAUAUUCUUACGCAGCAUUUCUCGUCCAUAAGCCGAACGUGUUAUUCUAG